AUGGCAGACCCCUCCAUUUUCCACCACCCGGAUGCUACCAGGGUCAAUACCUCUGUUACAGGAUCCGACUGGUAUUGGGUCAUCACAAUUAUCAUGACCUUAUUUACUUAUAUCGUCCUCAUUUUGGCCUCCCGAGUCACUCGAGGCAACCGCAUUUUCCACCACAUGACCGUAGGUAUCACUCUGGUACCCUCGAUCACCUAUUUUAUGAUGGCAUCAAACUUGGGUUGGGCAGAUGUCCAUGUCGAGUUCAUCCGGUCCAAGGAUCUCGCUGUUGGCAUAUACCGUCAGGUUUUCUAUGUUCGACACCUCGAUGGGUUCGUUACUACUCCACUUAUACUCCUAAACUUACUCUUGACUGCUCGUCUACCAUUGGAGACUAUUUUCCACACACUCCUUUGGGCCGAGAUCAUGGUUGCCACUACUCUGGCGGGCUCCCUUGUCGCUUCAUCAUACAAGUGGAGUUUCUUCGCUAUAGCAGUUUUCGCCCGCUCCUUGAUCGCAUGGACCAUCGCAUGGGAUGGGAUCCGGAACUCUUUGGUCACCAACAAAGCUGCUACCAAAACUUUCAUCAUUUGUGGUAGCUUGACUCUCCUCGUUUGGUUCACCUACCCAAUUGCUUGGGCUCUUGGUGAGGGAAGUAAUGUCAUCUCCCCCGACGCCGAGGCAAUCUUCUAUGGACUUCUCGAUAUCAUUUCCAAGCCAGUAUUUGGUGGUCUCCUUCUCUGGGGCCACCGUGACAUCGACCCAGCCAGCCUUGGUCUCAGCGUCCACAAUUAUGAGGGGUCGAUCUACAGCGACAAGAGUGACAUGGCCCCUCGAGGGAGUACUGGUGCCAUCCAAACUAAUGCCAACGAAUCUGCUGUCUAA